GCGCAAACCAGCCCUCGUGGCAUAUGCCAUGGCUGUCCACCAUAAAGGUGGAUUCGAUGCUCACUUUGUUGAACCUGUCAAUGAUCGAUACACAUGCCCCAUUUGCCACUUGGCAGCACGAGAACCAAUGCUGACCAAGGAGAAACUGAAGAAAUCACAAAUGUUUCUAAGCAACAUGACGAAACACGAGAUUCUUAGUUUGAAGAUUUUUUGUGAUAAGUGUGAGAAAGGCUGUAGCUGGCAAGGUGAACUAAGACAGCGUGAUAACACUACCAGGGAUGUGGCUAUGUAGUUGAAGCAUACAGCAAUGAUUGUGGAGAAAUGGUAAUAAGAAAGGACAUGGACAAUCACAAGCAGAAUGAGUGUAAUCACCAAAUUGUGGGUUGUUGCUACUGUGAUACACAGCUGGAAUAUGGACAGUUAACUGUUCAUUAUGAGAUGUGUGAUAGUUACCCUGUUGACUGUCCUUAUGAGUGUGGAAUGCAGGUUGCUAGGAAGGACAUGGAAAUGCAUGUCAGCAGAGAGGGUGUAUGCCCCACCAGUCCUCUACAGUGUGAUGUUGCAUCAGCUGGAUGCCAGUUUAUCGGGAAUAGAGAGCAACUACAAGAUCACUUGGAAAAGAACACAGCCUAUCAUCUUAGUUUGGCUAUGCAAACAGUGAGCAAUGUACAAGAGAGAUUUGCAAGUGCUGGAAAGAAACAAGCAGAAACAGACAAUGAGUUAGUGGUUGUUAAGAAAACACUGCAAAAGACAGACAAUGAGUCGGCGGAUGGUAACAGAGCACUGCAACAGACAGAAACUUCAGUUUUGGCUGCCAACUAUAAAACAUUCAGCAAACUUUUGGGUGGCGAGCGCCUAGAGAAAGAUGAUCAGAAGCAGUCAGUGGAGUAUGUGAAAGCUUUACUGGACAAACGGAUACAAUUUCAUUUGAAAUGGGCGACACUUUUGUACACCUGUGGAAGAUAGAGUCACAACAGUUAGCAGACUUGACGUUGCACCAAUCACAUCCGUGCACAAUUUUAUCUAACAAAUUCAACACCGCAAAUCCAGGUUUACAUUUACAGCUUAAACUUUCUUGUCAAAGAGCAAUCAUGUCUAUGUUAUACAUGUACAUAUUUGAAGCAAAGGUGUACUAUUGGGGUCAACAACAAGCCAAGAAAUCGCACAAGUCAAAGUAUUUGAUGUCAAUUUUGCUGCAUAAUAAUCAUCAUUACAGGUCAAGAGUCCAGAAAGAGAUUGACUUUAGUAGCGUGACUACUCAUGAACAGUUUUAUGACGUAGAAAAAGGUUGUUUGUUUGUGGUUUGUCCAAAAUUUGAACGCGUGUAUUUUGAUAGCCUAAAUGUGAAAGAUGGGUUGUUGGUAGUCUUAGAGUUGCAAUCAAAAACUCUAACUUUUUAUUUUUUUUUGGGUUGCAAGUUUUACGAGCGUUUAGGAUGUGGGAGUUUUGCAAUUAGUGGACAGUUUAUGAUCGUUUGACAGCAAUACUUAACUUAGCUGUCUUGUGCUGGAUGCAGGAGUUCUAUACUGUUGUAUGUAUUGGGGGUUUGUAUUUGGUGUAAUACAGUUGGU